CAGGCCUGUAGCUACCGAUGGCUUUUUUUUUCAAUAUGCCCCCAACCCCACUCUCAAAAUACUGGCUACGGGCCUGUUAGGUUUGUGCUUUAUAAAAGUUUAUUUUUUAUCACCAAAACUUAAAUACAGAUAGGUGAAGGUCGCUCGGUUCUGAGUUUACAAGUCGGAAAUACGAGAACACUCGAACGCAGCAUUAUGACUGACGUCAGACAAAUGUCGACAGUUACUGUUGUAAAGACGACGUAGAAUCACGAGAAAGAAAACCCCCAAUCAACAACAACAACAGCAACAACAAACCCACCCUAGAAAGCCAUGCCGCAUCAGCAGGUUCACCAACAAGAACAUGAAGAGACAGAGCAAGGGCACCUGGAAAGGCAAGACGGACAGGGAGAGAAAGAGGAACAGCUAGAGAGACACAGACAUAAAAAGGAACAGCAAGAGAGACGCAGGCAGAAAGAGGAACAGCAAGAGAGACGCAGGCAGAAAGAGCCACAGCGAGAGAGACAGAGGGAGAAAGAGGAACAGCGAGAGAAACAGAGAGAGAAACAGGAACAACGAGAGAGACAGAGAGAGAAUGAGGAACAGCAAGAGAGACAGAGAGAGAAAGAGGAACAGCAAGAGAGACAGAGAGAGAAAGAGGAACAAAAAGAAACACAGAAAGAGAAAGAGGAACGGGAAUGGAAACAGACAUUGGAAGAGGAGGAGAACAUGGAGUGGGAUCAGAGACAGAAAGAUGAGGUGGAACGGCAACAGAGACAGAGAGUGAAAGUAGAGCGGCAAGAGAGAGAGAAAUACAAAAAGAGACAGGAAGAGGAAUAUCGAGAGAGACAGAGAGAGGAGCAGUAUACGAAACACAAACGGACUCCACAGCUUGUACCCGAACCUAAAAACAAGGUAUCUGCCCUAUACUACCUGCAGGCGCAUGGAGGGUCAAAAGAGCAUCCAGUAUCGGUGUCACGAAGUCAAAAUCUUCCUGAUAAUGUGGAUUACUGUGAUGACUCUGAUUCUGAUAUGAUUGAGAUAGUAGUUGACACUGUGAAGUCUGUUACCGAUGACACUUCUGCUGUUGGUUCUGAAUCUAUUGGAAAUGGGUCGGCUACACAAGAGGUUCAGGGUGACGACUCGGAUGCUCUUGUGGUAGAGGAUGAAGCUCCAGGUGGUGACGACCACGUGUCAGGACAUUCAGAUAUGUCUGACACUGAGGUACAUCCAAUUCAAGUAGAAAUGGUUGAAUUGGGUCAACCGUCGGAUGGAAGUCGUACUUCUAAGUCUGAAGAUUUGUCACGUAUAGAACCAAGACGUUCUACGAGAGUUGGAAAAAAACCUGCUUGGAUGAAGUCGGAUGAGUAUGUUAUGAGUCAUGUCAUUAAUGAUUCAGAGUUACGCCAGCGACUUAAAUUUAUUAAAGAGCUUGCUUCUCAAAAUGUGUUCGAUCAAGUUAACGGUUCAGUACUCGGGUGUAUCCUUUCUCUGGUUGACGCGCCGCCAUCUAAAUGA